GCACAGGUCGGUGCGCCGGCUUCCAGGACAGAGGCUAGGUUGUCUUGUCGAAAAGCCCUGAGUGCUCGGCAUGAAAGGAACCGCUCGGGGUCUCUGUAUAGCCGAGGCCAUUAUCAGUGGAUGGGGAAUCGACACGGGCUGUUGGAACCCUGAUGGUAUUUCUUCCUAUUAGAGGUCGUGGAUAUAACAAACCUUAUCUAAUCCAUGCUUGAUCAAAAUGAAGGCACUACUCAUUGCUGCAAUUCUCUUGGUUGGACUGUUGGCAAUGGGCAGCGAGGCCAUUCCAUCAAACCGCUGGUCCUGCUACAAGAAAGUCUUGAAGGACAGGGACUGUCGCAAUGUUGGCAUCUCCAACGGAGUUGCGACCAUGCGACCCAUCGAUUCCCUGCAGAACCAUUUCUGGGAGGGGAACAAAUGCGACAUGGUGUGCUACUGUAACUUCAGUGAGCUCCUCUGCUGCCCAAGGGAUGUCUUCUUUGGACCCAAAAUCUCCUUUAUAAUUCCAUGCAAAACCAUCUGAGCCAUCAGUCGUUUGAAUGGACAGUGAACACAGACGGUGCAAUCUUCUGAAUUAAAACAAGAGUAAAGAGUAAAUGGGGCCAAGGGGGAUGGGCCCAUCCAUUCCGGACUACAGAAUGACAUGCAUUUCAUUCUUCACUUGGAGACAGCUACAACAACGACAAGUUCAGAAAGGCUGGAGCUAAAAUAAAAGCACAAGCUUUGAAGCUGAAAAAAAAGAGGCCCAUCUUUCACAAUACUUGGGCCUACAAAUAAAAUGCAUUAUUUUCAGUCUCAAAUACAGCACCCAGUAUAUUUAGUAUCUGUGAAAACAAUUCAAUAAAUGCAACCAGUGUCCCUCCUUUGCAAGGCUACAGUUCAACACUUGUACAUCUGACUUGGCAGACCCUUCAUUUGGCAUUCGCAAUGAUGUGACACCCCCAUUAUCUACAACUAAACGUAAACAGAUAGUUGUAGUACAGUAAUACCACGAGUGUGCCUUUAUAUUGAGUUGUUGCACAUCCAAAAAUAUUAUUCAAUAGUUAAUAGUAUGCCAUUUGUGAGAGACAUUCCAUUUUAUAUUCAAGGCUAUUAAAUGCCAUAAAUGUCAGCAGGAUCAUAAAAUGUGAUGUUGUGAUGAGCCUAUGAAAGAUGAUUUUACAUGGCUGAAACAAGUAGGCUGUUCAACUGUAUUGUACAUUUCUUUGCAAAAGGAUUAUAGUACUGUGUGUGUUACUAGGCCUAACUAACUGUAAGUCCUUCUGGAUCCGAGUGUCUGCUAAAUGACUCAAAUGUGAAUAACAUAGCACUUACAGAUCACCUAGACUGGUGGAGCUGUUUAAACAAGUUGUUCUACUGCUCCAUGACAUCUCCCUGUACUUAUCCAAUGAUUUUGUGUCAAUUACAACACUGUAUGUGAGAAUAUUAAUAAACAGAUCGGUUUGAGUGUUA